CCUUUAACUCGAAGGGUGUCGUGUGGUAGAUGUUAAACCGUUUCAAUUAUUUCCAGAAUAUUUGCACAUUCAGUAUGAUGUGCGAGGUUCUUGCUAUGAUUCACUUGAUAUAGGUCGAUAUAACUUUCAUUUAACAGAAUCCAAAGGCUUGUCUCAUGAGUUUUGUGAGCAGUGCCCUGUGCUCACGAUUUUUUUGAUGUGGAAAUGGAAGCUGCGGGUGUGCGACAUCCAGUCAGCGACUACCGAGCUUAUCCUCGAAAAAGAAGAAACACAUCGAAAGUAUGGCAGUUCUUUAACAUAGUCGGCGAAGAAGCGAUCUGUUCGCUUUGCAAUGCCUCCUUUACUUAUCACGAGACAUCCGGGACAUCCACAUUGUUGAUGCACCUGAGAAGAAAACAUGCAACCCAUAUCCAAGACGGGGGCAUAAAAAAGGAACCGCACAGGACACCCACGUCACUGCUGCACUCUGAGCUCCAGAAGCCAGCGACGGGGCCACCCACCCCAUGGAGCCUACUACAACAGGCACAGCCUGCCUACUGUGUCGACUGCCAGACCAAAUUCCCGGACAAGAAGUCGCUGGAGGACCACGAGUGCCCUGGCGUGAAAUUCAUUUGCACCUGCGGCUCCGGCUUCACCAAUUACCAGGACAUGCUCCUCCAUCGCAACGGCCACUACGACACGAGCUCCUUCCAGACCGGCCACAUGGCCAUCUUCAAGCAACGUACCAAGGACACGGAGCUGCACGAGAAGAAGCUGCAGAUGAUGAAGAGCAUCGAUAAGCAGCUCACGGCUUCCCCCGCCCCUCCGGCAGCGGCGCAGCAGCAGCCGCAGUGCAGAGAACUGGUGCCCGCGCGGUCUGGUGCCACCGUAAACCUCAGGGCUUAUUUCCAACCGGCGGUACAAAUCGCCACCAAAAUGAAGUUCAGCCGUGGGAACAAGUACAUGUGCGGCACGUGCCGAGUGGUUUUCUGGGAGAAGAAGUUGCUCCUGGAGCACAUUGCCACUCACCUUCCCACACACAUUUACGGCUGCCAACAGUGCGGCCUCCUGCUGAUCAGUGGCAGCCCUCCCUCCCCCACUCACUCAUGCGGCACGUACCAAGCCAGCCGCCGCGAGCGUUUCACCAAGGGUCACAUCAUCGGUAAUGUGCUUCAGCCAAAACCGAGUGGCCUCACGCGCUGCCCUUACUGCCCCACGACGUUUUUCAAACCGUGGUUUAUAGCCCGGCAUAUAAAGAAAGCGCAUGCUGGCAAACCGGUGCCUCGUGUACCUGUGAGUAAAAAGUUCGAAAAUCCAGUGUAUGGAUUUGUUGCAAACCCUGCGCCGUCUGCGGCACCUGGAUUCCCAAUGUCGUCGCAGUCUGCGAUGCCUGGAUUCGCAGUGCUGCCUGCAAUGCCUGGAUACGCAGUGCCGUCUGCGAUGUCUGGGUUCGCAGUGCCGCCUGCGAUGUCUGGGUUUGCAGUGCCGUCUGCGAUGUCUGAAUUCGCAGUGCCGCCUUCGAUGUCUGGGUUCGCAAUGCCGUCUGCGAUGUCUGGGUUCGCAGUGCCGUCUGCGAUGCCGGGGUUGGCAGUACCGCCUGCGAUGCCUGGGUUCGCAAUGCUGCCUUCGAUACCUGGAUUAGCAAUGCCAUACGAUUCAAUGAUCAAUAAACCAGCAGGCUAUGAAAUGAUAACUCACAAUGCAGCACCGCCUGAUGAGAGUAGCCUUCCACCCACGAAGGAAGAGCAGCAGAAAGCAUCAAAGAUAGCAGCCAUCCUGGAGAUGAUCGCACAAGCACGCGAACGUGAACGUGAACAUGAACGUGAACGUGAAGCUCAGGAAAGAGCUGCCGAGAAACGGAGAGAAGAGGAGGCACAGCAACACAGGGCAGAGGCAGAGAUCACGGCAGCAACAAGUACUCUGAAGGAUGAAUGUAGAUGCGCUGUCUGUGGUAAGACUAUGAAUACGAUACAGAUGCUUGUAAAGCACUGGUGCAGUAGGGAGCUGCCCCUGUUGACGCGGGACAAACUGCCGAGCUCCGUUUUCAAAUACACCAAUGGCUAUAAACAUUCUUUUAAUCGUCCGGCCCCUUACCCUGUGCCAGAAAGACCAGACAAAGACUCUGGCGGAGUGGUCACAGUCCGACUACAGACUUCUCAUAAUGCUGACAUGCACGAGCCAACGCUUCAGAAUGAAAAAGUGGAGCCUAGUACUGCGUUGAGUUGUCCAUCGUCGAGUAAGUCGAUCGCUGUGCAAACCAAAGUAGAGUUUGAUGACGGGAAUUAUGGUACAUCAUUAAGUACAUGAAUGACUUGAUUUUUUUCCCUUUUUCUCGUCAUGGAAGAGGUUUAGCGCACACCUACACAACAUUUAACAAGGUUAAUCCGGAGAAAAAUGUAAAACCAUGUCCAUCAACUUUGCUGGAGAGUUUGACAGAUGUCUCAGCAUCGGUCACAUUAUUAUUGAAGUUACUUAAAUGGCUCCCCACCAAUAUUUUGACCAUUAUCAUAUUUCCAACUGAUUGCUGUGACUAUUCCAUUACAUUUGCCAAAUGAAGAUUAAGCUUACAGUUGAGGUGAAUUAAGUGCUUUUAAGGAGUGUUGGCCUUGAAGAGUGGUUUAGCAGGGAAGAGAGUGGAGAGGGGUCUGCACUAGAGCACAUUUUCUCUUCUUUUACAGGUUACAUACAUCUUUCCUGAUGAGUUGAAAAUGUUUAAUGCAAGCCCACCAUCAGUUUCAGAGUACUACUACGGUGAGGGUUUUUAAUCAUGCGGAAAUGUGCUGGGGUUUUUUCCCUAGACGUUAGUCUGACAUGGUGCAGACUUAUCUUUUUAAAUUGUAGAGUUUUUUUCAGCUCAUAUUGCAUUUGUCUCAUGUACUACAGCAGCAGAAUCUACAGCUCUAUAGUAAAGUGCUGUUUAUGUUUGGUUGCAUCCCAUUUUAAAACAUGGUCCACUAAGAAUAAAAAAAUAAUUAAAAAAAAACCUUUGUCAACUGAAUAAAUUAGCGGUAGUCUAUAUUUUGUCAUCGUAGGCAGGUGUCUUUUUCUUCAGACUAAAAUGGUAUUAAAAAGGUUGGAUUUAAAGGUGCG